CAUUUACAUUAAUCUUGUUGUCAUGAUUAUUAUGGUUUUGGUUUUAAUUGAAAAAAACAACAACAAUCUCAACCUUAGAUACUAAAUGAAUUAAUUACAAUUAAAUGAUAAUCAUCAGAAACAUGAUCAAGGGUUAACUGGUUAACAAUUAACCCCAGUUCAAGUUUAAAAUGAUUAAUUCAAUUACGAAACUAAGAUCAACAACAAUUAACUGGUUAACCUUUUUUUUUAUAUUUCAAAAAUUUGAUUAUCACUGAUCAUUAUUGGAUUUACUGAUUAUUGGUAAAUUGUUAAAGGAGGAAAUGAUUAAGAUUCAUGACAAUUAAAUAAGUUUCAAGUUUAAUGUCAUGAUAAUUUGAAUAGUAACAACAACAAUUUAAUAAUUUGUAUUGAAUGAUUGGUUAAAUUGAUCAACAAUUAAUUGAUUAAAAAAAAGUAAUUGGAUUGAAAAAUAUUAAAUUACCAAAGAGUUGGUACCAGUUACAAUUAGCUGAUAAUCAAUAAGUUAAUCAUAAACAGUGACGUUGAUUGUCAAUUGUCAAAAGUAAUCAAGAAAAAUUAACCAAUUGAUUAAUAAUCAUAAUCCUAAUCAUCACAAGUGACUAAAAAAUUGCUAAAUUGUUACAAUUAAACAUUGACACAGCUAAAAACAAUCUAAUAGUUGAGAUAAUUACACAAUUAAACAAUAGAAAAGUUUUUGUUUUAAUUGUUUUAACAAUUAACUUGGAAUCUGAAAUGAAAUCGUCUCAAAAAAAAAAUGUAACCAAACAAUUUGUUCAUCAUCAUCGUUGAUCGUCAUCGUUAUCAUUAACAUUAAAAGUUAAUUUGCUUUGUCAUCAUCACCAACGAUUACAAUUAACGACGGAAUCAUCGUUAACGAAACAAAAGUUUCUUGAUUGUCAGUUUUAUUUAGUUGAUUAGUUAAUUGUAGUAAAAAUGAAUUAACUUUUAUUAAGGUGAAAAAAACUUUUCACCGAAUCUCAUUCACUAUUAUCAAUGAACAAUUUAUCCUGUUGAUCCUGUUGCUUUUGCUCAAUAGUAACAAUUUAAUUUUCUUUCCCCUCUCAUCAUCAUCAUCAUCAUCUCUUUCCUUUCCUCUUUCUUUAUCAUCCAACUCCCACUCUCUCUCUCAGUAACUCACUCAUUCAUUUACUCACUCACUUUUUGCUUCAGUUGAAUUCAGUUGUAAUCGUUGCUUGUAGACUGAAGCUGGAAUUGUUUCCUCGUCGUUUCCAAACAAUUUACAACUGAAUUAACUAAUUGUAUAAAUUAUAUUUUCAUCUUCCAAUUAAACUCUUAAAUAUGUGAUCAAUUUAAAGACAACACAAUUAGUUUUCAAAAAGGUGUCAUUACGUUAAGAUUGACAACAAUUUAGAGUCUAUUUUUAAUUCAUAAUUUAAAGUUUACUUUUAUUAACAAUUAAAUAUGAUUUACCUUUAUUUUAUUAGUUGAUUAAUGAUAUUUAGUGACCAUUUCUCAUCAUCACAAUUUAAUUAAAGAUUUAAUUUUUUUUUCUUCUUUCGUUUAAAUUGUUUAUAUUAGUGUUUCCUGUUAAUCACAAUCAACAAUAAUCAACUUAAUUAGAUUGUCCAUUAAAAGGUAAUCAAUGUUUUCCAGGUUUAUUUUGGUUAAAAUUUUAAAUUAACAAUUAAUUAAAAAUUGUUCAUCAUCAUCUUUAAAUUGCUGUGAGUGUUUGUUACCUGUUAACUAAUUAAAUUGUUUGGGUAACAAUUUAAAUGAUGAUUAAAAUUGUUACAUUAAUCAUUACUUUUAAUUCAUAUUUUCAUCAUCUAAUUAACUUAAUUGUUACAAUGAAACGGAUUAAAAUUAAAAACUGAUAAUCAACUCAAAUCAACUUAUCAACAAUCACAAUUAAAAGUCAACACCAUUCCCAUCAUCAAAUUAAAUCAACUAUUUUCAACAAUAGUUAAUCAAGACAGUGUGAACAAUUAAUUGGUAACAGUUUCCUUAAUUGUCACUAAUUAACAACAACAAAAACAUCUAUAUAUUUAUAAAUAAGUCAACAAUUAAUUACCAGAAAGUGAGAUAUAUAAAAAAAAUCAAUCAGAUAACAAUUAACUACGAUAAUUAAUGUAACUUGACAAAAGUGAUCAACCAACAAUCAACUGAAAAGUGACCUUAAACAAUCAACCAAACUAAAUCAACCUCAUCUUCCGUCUAACAAUCAACCUAAAUUACUACAAUAUUAUUAUCGUUACAAUCUGUAUAUCCAUUAUCAAGUUUAACCAUAAUAAUUAAUUUUAAUCGUUAUAUUGUUAAAGUUAAUUGUUGAUAAGUUUAAGAAACAAAAAAAAAGAAACCAGAUAACCAGAAAAACUCAUAAAACUUUUUCGCAAAGUAAAAUAUUCAAUGAGGACAAAACCAAUAGCUUUACAUUUGGAAGCCAUUUCAAAAGAGGAAGAUAAAAAAGAAGAGAGAAAAAAAGUUCAUCUUCAUCUUCAUCUCUCUUUCUUUUUCUCUUACUUAUCAUCCUUUAUCAUCUUCAUCCAAGUCCAGACCCAAAUAUUGUAGCAACACAACAAGAUCCAUAUAAACUGACGGCAUCUUCCCUCUUUUAGGUCACUUUUUUUCAACGUCCGAAUUUGCCUUAGGACUUUUCAUCCUCUUUCUUUUCGCUGAAAGGGAAGAUAUCGUCAAGAGAGAAAGAGAGAGAAGAUAAAAAGAGGAAGAUAAAGAGAGAAAAAUCGAGAGAGAGAGAGAGAGAAUUGAAAGGGAGGAAGAAAACGAGAAGAUAAAUUUUGGCGAAAAAAAAGAAAGCAAAAGGUAACAAGUUGUUCUAAAGGAAAACUUUACCUAAGGAAGUUACUAGAUAAUCUUCAUCCGUCAUCCCUCAUCUUCCAUCAUCUUUAAACCCAUUAAGUAGCCAAUGGUUAUUCAUCUUUAGGCCCACAGCAACAUCAACAUUGACACUUUAAAGUGACCUCAGCGAAGCAAAUAUUAAACGUACGAACGAAACGCCAACACCAUUUCUAACACUGUGAUCGUAAUUGUUGAACUAAAUUUCACCAUUUUCAUUAUCUUUGUGUCUAAAAGUUUAAUCAACUUUGAUUAUAUUUUAAUCAACUAAUCGUCUUCAUCUCAACUGUUACACUUUUAAUCCUAAUCUAAUCCUCUUCAUCCGAGUGAAACUUUUAAAAAUCAACCAACAAAAACAACAACAACCAACCGACCAAAAUUUACCAAAGGAAACACAGUUGAACUACAACAAUUAACAUUCAAAAAAACCCUUAAAUAUCACAAUUUACCAACUAAUCAGCAAUAAUUUACGAGAUAACAACAUCAACAUUAAAAUUGCGAGAAGCAAAAUCUUAAAUCGUUAAAGCGUAUUACAUUUCAAUAGCUAAUUUGGUUUACUUUUUUUGACUUUUUCACACACAAAACAAUCAGUUAAUUGCAACAAUUUAACACCAACAAUCAACACACGAAUUAGAAACAAAAAGCUGAAGCAACAGUCGCAAGAGCGUUUAUUUUAUGAAUGUGUUCAGAUCCAAGGCUCGUCAACCCGGAACAACAAGAGCGCUUACCUGAACGCUUGGAAUAACCAAAAGAUUCUAAUUGUGAACACCCAAUUCACCACCAAGAGCAACAACAAUCAACUAAUUGUCAUCACCUUAAUCAUCAUUUUCUCAUCAUCGUUGUUUACCAAUAAUCUAAAAUCUCAAAAAGUAAAGGUAAUCAAAUUAGAACAAUAACUUUUCUCAAUUUACUUUUUGGUCUUAAUUGUUUGACCAUUCGAAUGUUAAAUCGUUGUGAUAAUCAAAUCAAUCUUUGAAACAAUCAGCACCAAUGUUGACUUUGUUCGUGGUACAAACUGUGGCCUCAGCGUUUGCAGCAACUUCUGGUCUACUUUUCAAUGGUUACAUUUUGAGCGUUUUAAUUUGGCAGAAACGAAUUCAAAAUGCUAACAAUUUAUUUUUACUCAAUCUCGCAAUUGUCGAUAUACUUUUCUGUUUAACAGUAUUAUUUGGUAAUACCUCGUUAAGUAUUGCCAUAGGUUCAAAUUUAUCGACCUCAAUAUCGUCACCAUCAUUGUCCAGUUCAGAAUUGACCUCAACCGCUUCCACAGAGACAAUAAUAUCAUCAUCAUCAUCAUCAUCACAACAAUCAUUACUACCUGAUGAUGAAUUUAAAUCAACUGAUUCAAUAAUUUUAAAUCAACAAUCAUCCUCAUCUUAUCCUGACCCAUUGACUUUAAGUGACCAGUUAAUUAGACAAAAAUUACAUUCACCUUUAUCAUCUGAUCAACUUUCUGAUGAUAUUGGCAUUUCAAUUGUACCAACAUUCACUCAGGAUGAAAUAUUAUCUCCAUCACCUUCAUCCUCAUCAACACCACCACCAUGGAUAAUAUAUCCUAAACCUUUAAGUUUACUUUCACUAGUCACUAAUUUUCAAGGUUACCUUUGGACCGCUUUCCCAAUUAUUUUUGUCUGGACUGUAGCUGGACUCACCAUAGACAAAUACAUUGCCAUCUCCUCCCCACUCCACUAUUCUAGGCUGAUAACCACUCGAAAAGCAACCAUAGCCCUUGCAACCUCUUGGCUUAUGGGCUUAACCUUAGCCUUUCCACCUUUAAUACCCUCCUCAACCGGGUGUAGUUAUACCUACAGUCUUUACCGUUCCUCGGCCACAAUUACCUGUGAUACCUCAACUUACCCGUGGUUUGGACUUGUUUAUAUUGUUAUUUAUAUCCUAUUCUCCAUCCUAUUACCACUCCUUGCCAUAACAAUUUGUAAUUUUCAUAUCCUUUUAAUUGCUGAAAAUCAUCGUCAUCGUAUAAUUACCGCAAUUUAUGAGAUAACCUUACGUGGAGGCGUUGGCAAUCCAGGUGAAGCCGAUGAUCAUGAUGAAAUUAAUUUAUCUCUUGCACAAAAAUCAACAGGAUUAGUAACAUCCUUCAGUCCAGGUUCACCUUCAAUCGGUUCACCAUUACCCUCAUCACCAAUUUCAUUGGCACCCUCAUCCAAUAUAUCACCUUCUUUCAAUGCUAAUGAUUCACCUCCACCGUCUAUUGAGAGUCCUCCACCUACAACAGUACCAACAACAACAACAACAACUACUACUACUACAACACCUCCACCUCCACCUUCAACAACAACAACAACAACAACUACAACAUGUCCAAAAAAUCAAUCAGUUCAUUAUCAACAUCAACCAGUAACUAAAACGGGAUCUUCAACAUCUUCAUCAGGUAAAAGUCGAUCAGCUGAAUCGUUAUCCCGACGUCGUAGUCGUGAUGCUUUCCUACCUGUUACCCAACUUGUUGGAUCUCUACUUUUCUUUACCACACCUCAUUACAUAAUCUUCUGCCUUGAAACUCUUGAUCGUCUCACAGUUAAUCCCAUAAUCAUCUCAUUAGUAACCCUGUGCCUAAUCCUAAUGCCAACAAUUAACGCUUACAUUUAUGGUGUUAAAAGUCGCCUCAUUCGAAGUACAUUUAAACGUCUCCUUCAUCGAUAUUUGUACAAACAAGAUGUUUCCCUUGAAAUUGAACGAAGACUUUCACUUCGAUCCCAAGGAUCUCAGAACAGCCUUUUCAGGUCACAUUAUGGUCGGCGCAAUUCUUGUCCAAUACUCGUUCAAACAACACCCUCACCACCUACAACCACAGCAACAGCAACAUCGACACCAACCCGAUCAAUAAGAUCAGAUAAUUUCUGGUUCUCUUUCAUUCCACCAACAAAUAAUACCAAUAAUAAUAUUAUAACGACGACAAUUAACAAUAGUAAUUGUGUCAAUACUAAAUUAGGAGGUAACAAUUGGUCACCAUCGUUUUUAAUUAGCUACGGUCAACAACAACAACACCAGCAUCAACAACAACAAUCAACACCAACAUCGAUAUCACUUCAAUAUCCUAAUCAUCAUCAUCAUUAUCCAUCUAAUUAUAAUUACACUUCAAUCUCAACAAAUAAUAACAAUAAUCAUCCAAUUCUGAGACGUCAAUCAUUAUGCAUCAUACCAACAUCAACAGUUAAUCACAAUCAAUUAACCAACAACAACAAUAAUGAUAAUGACAAUAACAAUUGUAUCACAAUUAAAUCCAGUUUAGCUUAUCCAAUCCAUAGGAUUUUUAAUCAACAAAGCUUCAACCGUUUACUAGCAAUUGAUUCAGUUGUUAAAUUAAGUCCAAUUGAAGAAUCAACAAUCACAAGUGAAAAUGUUUAACGACAAUUAACCGAAACAAUUAACUUUCUAAAAUUGUUAUUCAACUGUAAAUCUACUUAACGAAAAAGUUCAUCAUUCAUAUUAAUUAUCACGAUUGAAAUUAGAGGCAAUUAAGUUUCAAAAGUUAAUCAGUAACCAAUUAGUUUAAUUGUCAAUCUCUGAAUAAUUCAUGAUGAUUGAUUUACAUUUUUUUUUGUCCCCUCAUCAAUAACCAGUGAUUAGUUUUAAUUAUAAGAUGAACAAAAAUCAUUCCAAGAUAAUUAAAAGUUUUUAAUUGAUUAAGUUAACCAACAAUUAACUUUUAAAUUUACUAAUUGUUGAUCAAUUUUUCGGUGAGUUGAAAAAAAAGUGCCAAGUAUUUUUUUUAUAUUAAAAUUUUGAUGGACCAAUUGAUUAAUAUACUAAACGAUUGUUAAUUAUGGUAACAAUUAAAAUUAAUUAUAUUGGAAAAUCAAGUCUGAUUCAAAGAGGGGAUAAAAAUUAACUACCUAUGUUUUAAUUGUGAAAAGAUUAACAACAAUUAACAUGAUUAAUGAUCAUCAACACAAAGGAUUCAAUCAAUUUGAAUGCAACGUUAAAGUUGAUUUAGUUUGGAUUACAAUUAAAACUAAUUGAUGGCAAUUUAAUUUUGUGGAAAGUUUCAAAGGCCAAUCAAGAGAUGAAAAAAGUUGACAAAUCAAAUGAGAACCCCCAACAAUUAACUUAUUGAAAACCCUAACAAUUAAAACCUUAUUUUGAUUUUUACAUGAAUAAAAGUUGAUUAACAAUUUAAAA